AUGCAAAGGUGUUAUAAGUUGUUUAUUCAUAUUACAAAAUCGAUUCGUCAGGGUUUUGUCUUUCGUUUAAUAGCUCAAACACUUUUUCAGGCUCAUUGCUUAUGCACGGUUUCAACAACAAAUAAGCAGGCAUGCAUGAAUGUAGCAUGCAGAAGUGCAUGCGCUGCAGUAAAUGUGGAUUUAAUGUUGGCAACUUGUGAGAUAUUUCAGCAUCUGAAACAAUUAUCGAAUGUUUCUGGAUGA